CGUCGAGGACGAGCACAGUCGAGCGCAUAAACACUUUGCUCGACGCGCUUUCAAUCCCCCUUGAUGUGUCCAGCGCGACCCAGGCCGGGUCUAUCCAAUGACCUCUGGAAGAGAAGAACGAACUAUGAGGAAAGACGCGUCGGAGAACUGGAAAAGCUCACACGAUGCCACAUAACCACGAAACAUACGCAGUCAUCGGCGGAUAGUCGAGACCCCAGUACUGCAAGUCGUAGGUGUACCAUUGCAGGAUGGGAAGGUGGACGGUCAGCUCCAUCCAAUGUCGCUGGGCUUCAUAAUCGCCGAACAUCGGCGGCGUGCUGUGACCUGCGGACGAGAAGACAAAUCAACUCAACACACGCGUGUCGAAGCGCGUGGGGCACGCACCGGAGUACGAGCCAAGACUGAUGCACGCCCGGACGAAUGUGGACGCAAGGAGCACGCAGGGCAGAACCCAGCUCUUCAUCCCGCGUUUGUGCAUCCACCGGAGCCAUCGCCGCGCCAUGGACAGCUCCGCAUCCUUCUCCACAAGCAAGGAUGCUGCAAUGACCUGUCUCCCAUCCUGGGCGCCUGUUUCCUUCAGCGUGUCGAAGAACUUGAUCGUGUUGGCGGACAGGGACGAGAACCGCCUGCUGUUGGUCAGGCUACUGGGGACCGUGGGUGACACGGCUCGCGAGGAAUUCGGGGAGGUCUGGCUGUAAUCGACCCAAUGAGAUGCCCCACUGUCGAGGAAUUGUCGCCGAGGGAUAGGGGAGUGUAUCUCGGGCCCAUGGCUGGUG